AUGGGAAACCGUUGUGUAAGAACUCCUUGUUGUAGAAAGGUAUGGUCAUGUAUAUGCUGCAGCAACAACAACAACAACAACAACGAGGCUCAAGCCCGAAGCCACCAUGGGUCCAAAGGAAAGGUCCAUCCUGUAACCAAAAUAGAGAAAUGGGAAGAAAAGAUCACAGAAGCUAACAACAAUGGCCAGAUUCUUGUGGUGUAUUUCAGCGCACCGUGGUGUGUACCUUGUAAAAAGAUAGAACCAGAAUUCAGAAAACUUGCUUCUAGAUACCCUUCAAUGAUAUUUGUAACCAUUGAUGUUGAAGAACUCGCUGAGUUUAGUGAUGAAUGGAAUGUGGAAGCAACACCAACGAUAGUUUUCCUUAAAGAUGGGAGACAAAUGGAUAAGCUUGUUGGUGCUGAAACCUCAGAGCUUCAGAAGAAAACAGCUGCAGCUGCAGAUCUCUUACUCAAAAAACCAUAA